UUAAACUUAUUCCCCUCGAGCAAAUCCUUUUCAAUCCUGAUCACUGCAGCUGAGAUGAACUGGUCAGCUUGUAGCUCCACGGAUUGAGAACAGUUUCCUUGGACGGUUCAUCUGUACGCGUCAUUCACCUCAGGGGCAUGGCUGGCUCAGAGAGACUGAGAGUGUAGUGGUGGUGAGAGAUUAACAUGAUCUGGAAAGUGAAAGAUUAUUUGGAUGCCACACACACAGAAUCGAUCAGUUUCACGUUGGAGGAAGUAAACCAUGCCGACCGCUCCUCUGUCGUAUCACAAUACUGGAUUGUCACACAUGGAUCCCGGAAACCUGUCAUGCUAUUUUUGAUGAAUUGAUGAUCUAUCCCAGUACUUUAAAUAAAAAUAGUGACUGACUGCAAACUCUUCUUAACAAACACGGCAUGUUGUAGUAGUUUACCUUCGACCUCUUUUCAUACUACACUAAUCAGAAUGUCCACAUCGGCCGGAUAAAACACAAUAUAAACUGGAAAAGGCAUAAAGACUGCACUUAAGAUGGAUAAGGACACAAAUAUAAUCAUUUGGUCUUUUCCAUUGGUAUUCUCACUCAACUGGCAAAGGGGUCGGAUGUUUCGAGGAAUGUGUCCAAUCAAUUCACUACUAAUUCUUUCUGUACUAUCCUCAGUCGGACUUGGCAAUGUACCAGGAGUAGAAUAUGAUUGGGGAGCUCAACCCAAAUUAGUAUGCAUGCCCUUACCUGCAGACACUGAUCCAAGCUGUUUUCCCCCAGAUGGGGUUACUCAUGGCCCUAGCAUUAAUGGACAUAACAAUGGUCAUGCCAAUAGCCACAGCAAUGGACAUGGGAAGGGACAUUUUGUUGGUGGCUUGCCUAACAGUCCUACUGGUGGCAGUAGUCGGCGAGGCAUAUCUGAUGAAGCAAAAGCUACAAUUCUGCACUUGAGGGAGAGCCUAGUGCGUCAGAAGGAGACCAUUCUGGAUCAGAGGGAAACUAUACGAGAGCUGACUGCAAAGCUGACGCUCUGUGAGGGCUUUGGGAGGGGGGCAAGUGGGCACCACAAUGAAGACCAUCAUGGACAUCAUGGCUCUCAUCACUCUUCACAUCACUAUGACAGUGAACAUCAUUCUGAUCCACACUAUCCUCUCAAUGGGUACCACAAUGACCAUCACAGAGGGAAGCCACCAUUUCUGGGGAAACAUGCAUUUUCCCCAGAGCAGGCAGGGAAGACCUUACAGGCUCUGAAAGAAAGGCUGGAAAAUUUACAGGCAAGGAAUUCAUCUAGCACAUAUUCUAGCUCACUGAAAGACCUUCUGCAGCGCAAAAUCAACGCACUUGAAGAACAGCUCCACCGUCACUAUGACGGUCACCAUGACUAUGGCAACCACGAAUCCCACCCUGGCCAAGGCCACCGUGAUAAUCACCAUGAUGACCACCAUGGAGAUCACCAUGAUAAUGUGGACCACGAUAACAACCGCCGCUACGGUCAUCAUUACAGUCACUAUUAUGGCCAUCACUACGAUCAACUCGGCACACACCACAGUGAUAGUGAUGAUCACCACGAUGACCAUCAUAACAAUCACAAUGAUGACCAUCACGAUGACCACCAUGACAGCCACCAGAAUGAACACCAUGAUGACCAUCAUUCUGACCCCCAUGACAGUGGUCACCACAGCAACAGUGAUCAUGGACACCAGCGUCGUAGCCCUCUUAAGUCCACAGCAUCUAGAGCACGUGGUGCCUACAGUAAGCUGGAUUCGGUGCUGGGCCAUCUGUAUCACAGGUCUCCAGAAACAGGGAAUCAAAAGCGACCUAAGAAUCCUGAUAGUUUUCAGAUUGGGUUUCCCAUGCACACUAACUACAUGUAUGGCCGGAUAAAACGCACUCUUCUCAAUGAAAUCUUUGCCCUAACUGUCUGCCUCUGGCUAAAGGGGGGUUCAGGGCCAGGAAUAGGCACCCCUUUCUCUUACUCUGUUCCUGGCCAGGCUAACGAGCUUGUCUUGAUUGAAUGGGCCAACAGUCCAAUAGAAUUAUUGGUAAAUGACAAAGCUGUAACUCUUCCUCUAUCACUGCAAGACAGUAAGUGGCACCAUAUUUGCGUGACCUGGUCCACACGGGAUGGUGUAUGGGAGGCCUAUCAGAAUGGAGUGAAAAGGGGCUCUGGGGAAAAUCUGUCUCCAUGGCAUCCCAUAAAACCAGGAGGAGUCUUUAUACUGGGACAGGAGCAGGAUACUCUCGGUGGCCGGUUUGAUGCGACACAAUCAUUUGUUGGAGAAAUGUCCGACCUGCAGGUAUGGUCAAGAGUCCUUAACUCUCAAGAGAUUGACAACCAAGCGUCCUGUUCCAGUCACCUCACUGGAGAUGUUAUCACUUGGAGUGAGUCUAUUGUGGAACUUCAUGGAGGAGUUACCAAAUAUCCAUUUGACCCAUGUCACUGAAGGUCCAAGCGGGCUACUGCUACCAUUUUUUAACCCUAACAGCUCUUGAUGGCAUAAAAUAAGAAUCAUUUAUCAUUGUUACAAGCAGAAAGACCCUCCAAACAUCCUGGUUAUGUAAUACAGUAUCAAUGAGUAACCUGUUUUUGAAAAUAUUUCAAUGUUACGUGUUCAAAAUGCACUUCUUACACUUAUCUUAUCAUUUGUGUGCACUUUUCAGAUUAGAAAGAAGCCAAUUUCGGUCUAGACUGAACAUCCAUAUUUCUAAGUGUCUUUCAAUGAGUACGUCAUUAGUGAUGACAAAAUAUCUGGAAGAAAAAAAAACACUCAUUAAUCAUUCUUACAUUUUAUUAAAUAAUUUAUUAGGAUUAAUAGUUAAAGGAUUGCUUAAAACAAUCUAAAGGUUAAGCAAUAAACUAUACAAUAUUUCUGACCUGCUGUUAAAUAUCUGUGCGGUUGAUUUGUUAUAACGAAGGAAAUGUGAUAGGAACAAUAUAACAUCCAUUCGGUAAGUGAGAAGGGAAGACAUUUUAUUAGAUCUUAAAGCAUCUCUUAGCAGCAUAGCGCAGCGAGAAGGUUUUUAAAGGUAUUAUCAAAUGUUUCGUACUAAAAAGUUAAGAAAGAAACAAACACAAAAUACACAUUAUUUAGUCCUGUGAAUAAAUUAUAAUCCAAGGUGCUCUUUUAGUCUGCUUUCUCUCUCAUGUUCAUGUAUAACUUCAGGGAAAAGCUUAGUUGCAGGUUUUUUGGGGGUUUUUUUUCAUACUUACGUAACUUUUCAUCUCGUAGUGUUAAUGCGUGUAUGUCUGAGUGGUGAAUGUCGAUGUUGUGUAAUCUGGAUCAAUGUGGUAUUUCGGGUUUUUUUUUUUUUUUGGUUUUUAUUUUCAUUAAAAAUAUGUUUAUUAAUAUCUUUAUUUCGUACCAGUUUGCAUUUGAAUACUACAGGUAGGUGGGGUGUUAAAAUGGGUCUGCAUAUGUACAUGCAGCAAGCCAGGAGCUGCAUGAGAAUGCAGAGGUGUCCAUGGCAACGUAGCUUAAAGAAGGAUUAAACAGACAAAGAGAACGCUCUGGUGUAGACCUAUUCUCUUAGAAUGCAGAACAUGCAUCUCUCUCUCUCUCUCUCUCUCUCUCUCUCUCACUCGCUCUUCCUCACUCUCUCUCUCUCUCUCUCUCCCUCACACUCUCUCUCUCUCUUACUCACUCUCCCUCACACACUCUCUCUCUCUUUCUCUCUCUCUCUCUCUCUCUCUCUCUCUCUUCAUUCACACAAAUAUAGUAAUUUGGUUAACAAAUCUAUUUUGUCAGAACACAUACUGUAUGAUUGAAAACCAUUUAAAUAGCUCUGGGUUUCUGUAUACGAUACUGUUGUACUUUUAUGAAACAUAAUUUGAAUGGAUUUCCUGCAAAUGCUCUAGUAAAAUAUGUUUUGUAAAAUGUUACAGAAAUGACCAACAUGUCUCUUGCUCAUAGCCUGCACUUGAAUGACUUCUACUGCUGUGUGUGCAUGUGUGUGUGUGUGUGAGAGAGAGAGAGAGAGAG